UCUUUUGCCGGCCCUGGUGCGGGCUAGAGCCGAUGGGGCGAGGCCUACGGAGGGGGCCGGGCGUCUUGCUCUGGGGUCGCAUUCCCGGGUCUCGCGGACCGUCCUUUAAGCCUGAAGUGAAAACGCGUAUAGGGAACAGUCCUGGGGUAGAGGUAGAGUCACGGUAGGCCGGACCUCGCCGCCCUCGCUCUUGCGCACCAGGCGUCCAGCCCCGAAUCCUAGCCGGGCGGGCCGUGUCGCGUGCGUGACGUCAUCGCAGGGCGCUGCGCGCGGCUGGAGGGAGCCCGACCUCUCGUGGCGCAGGGAACGGCGCAGCUAUGCUGCGGCUAGUCUGUGCUGGGGCGCGGGCAUGGGCUCGGCCCGCCCGCUGCUGGGUGAGGCCGGGAGCCGAGGGUGGGGUCGCAGGGCAAAGACCGGGGGGUCCGGUGGCAUUCUUCACUCUCGCGCACCGUUUACAAGGCCUGAACUCGCUGGCGGAAGAGGCAACGCCUCCGGCGUUGGAGCCGGAGCGGGUGGCGAGCGCAGGUCCCCCGGCGCCCGCGUUGCGCAGGUGCGAGCUCCCAUUGCCCGCGCACCGGCGCCCGAUGCAGGCCUGGGUGGAGUCCCUGCGGGGCUUCGAUCAGGAGCGCGUGGGCCUGGCCGAGCUGCACCCCGACGUCUUCGCCACGGCGCCCAGGCUGGACAUCCUGCACCAGGUCGCCAUCUGGCAGAAGAACUUCAGGAGAAUUAGCUACGCCAAGACCAAGACUAGGGCUGAGGUGCAGGGUGGUGGCCGGAAGCCCUGGCCGCAGAAAGGCGGUGGGCGUGCCCGGCAUGGCAGCAUCCGCUCCCCGAUCUGGCGAGGAGGAGGCAUUGCCCAUGGCCCCCGGGGCCCCACGAGUUACUACUACAUGUUGCCUAUGAAAGUACGGGUGCUGGGCCUUAAGGUGGCGCUGACCGUCAAGCUGGCCCAGGACAACCUGCACAUCGUGGACUCCCUGGAGCUGCCAACCCCAGAACCCCGGUACCUGACGGAGCUGGCCCAGUACCGCCGCUGGGGGGACUCCGUGCUCCUCGUGGACUUAGCACACGAGGAGAUGCCACAGAAUGUGGUGUCGGCCACCUCCAGGCUGAAGACCUUCAACCUGAUCCCAGCUGUCGGCCUGAACGUGUACAGCAUGCUCAAGCACGAGACCCUGGUCCUGACCCUGCGCACCAUCGUCUUCCUGGAGGAGAAGCUGCUCUGGCAUGAUUCGCGCUACACGCCCCUCUACCCCUUCCACCUGCCCUAUGGUGACUUCCCCUGA